CUGUAACAUUAGUCACAUAAUCUGGUUUCAUAUUUCAGUAAAAUGUUCAGCAUGUGUGUCGUUCUGCUCGUCUUUUCCAGCAUCUCUACAGCUGUUGUUGGUGCUCCAGAAACAGUCACAGGACACAGAGGAGAGAGAGUAGAUAUCAGAUGCCCCUAUGAAUCUGGAUAUAAAUCAAAUUCAAAGUAUUUAUGUAAAGGAGAGUGUAUCUAUGGAUUUAGAAACAUUUUGGUUAAAUCAGGAUCUCCAGCUGAAGACGAGAGAUUCUCUCUGACCGAUGACAAGAGGACCAGCGUUUUCACCAUCAGCAUCACUGACCUGAGAACAGAGGAUACAGGACGAUACUGGUGUGGAGUGGAGAGGACUUUAGCUGAUGUCUAUUCAGAGAUUAAGUUGCUGGUUAAAGAGGAUCAGAUUCAACAAACCACCAGCAUCACAACCACAGAAAGAAAAACCACUAUCACAGAUCAGGACAGCUCCUCAACGGGUGAUGUCUGGAGCACAGAGUCUGUCAUCUACGUCUCUGUGGGGUUAGUCCUCGUGAUGAUCAUCUUCCUCGCUGCGCUGACGGUGUUGUGUAGAAAGAGAAGGAAGAAAUCAACAAGAGUUACACAAUCUGGGCUUUCACCACAAGUCUCCAUUGUGCUUCUUUCUUUGAAUGAACACACUGCAGAGGAGAUUGACUGCAACGACCCCAAACAUGAGGAUAUCAACAAGAUGAAGGGCAAGAACAAAGACAUCCACACUAUCUACACUGCAAUAGAUAGACCAGAAGAAUCAUCAAUCUACUCAACAGCUGAUAAACCAGAAGAAUCAUCAAUCUACACAACAGCAGAUAAACCAGAAGAUUCAGUGAUCUACACAACAGCAGAUAAACCAGAAGAUUCAGUGAUCUACUCAACAGCAGGCACAUGUGGGUGA